GAAGUUUACACCAUCAGUCACAAACGAACUGCUUCUUUCACUGCUUAGUUUAGAUAGUUUAAUUUUGGCAGUGAUCAUGAAGAACUUCAUCCUUAUAAUAGCCCUCUUCGGGGUGGCAGUUCGAGCACAACACUGGAGCGGAGGCGGUGAUUGCAGCACCGGAUGUCCGGAGUUCGAGUGUCACAAAGAUCUGCGCUGCUUCAGCACCGCUACCAGUAAAGAAGCAGUUCUGCUUCCUCAUACGAACUGCAGCAAGUUCUACAAGUGUCAAGCUGGGUUCAUGGCUUGUGAGUUCGACUGCCCAAGGGGACUGCACUUCAAUAAGGAUAAAAUGGUCUGUGAUUGGCCGUGGCUGGCAUGUUGCGACCCUAAACUUCCUUGCCCUGAGCCAUGCAUUCCAACCCUCACUUGCCCCCCUACAGGUACGCCUACACCUCCACCACCUCCUACCACACCUCCUCCUCCACCUCCUACCACACCUUCUCCCUGCAGCACCGGAUGUCCGGAAUUCAACUGUACCAAGGAUAUACGCUGUUUCAGCACCAUCGCCAGCAAAGAGGCCGUUCUUCUUCCGCACACCAAUUGCAGGAAAUUCUACAAGUGUCAGUCCGGUUUCUUGGCAUGUGAGUUCGACUGCCCGAAGGGACUGCACUUCAACAAGAAAAAAAGCGUCUGCGAUUGGCCGUGGUUGGCAUGUUGCGAUGAUAAAAUCCCUUGCAUAGAUCCAUGCAUACCUGGAGUCACUUGUCCUGACGGUACUACCACAAUUAGACCAACACCGCCACCACCACCAACGCCGCCACCACCACCACCGCCAACAACACCAGCUCCCUGCACCACUCAAUGCCCAGAGAUCAACUGCUAUGAGGAUUAUCGCUGUGUCCGCGGGCCCAUUAACAAAGGAGAGGCCAUCCUGCUCCCGCACAACGAUUGUGAUAAAUUCUACAAGUGCAUGAAUGGAUCGAAUAGGGCCUGUGAGUUCAACUGCCCGAAGGGACUGCACUUUAAUAAGGAAAAAAUGGUCUGUGAUUGGCCGUGGACGGCUUGUUGCGAUCCCAAUAUUAAAUGCGUGACGCCCUGCGUUCCAAACGUCACUUGUCCCCCAUCCAGGUAUUUCUGAGAGGACCAACAGUUGUAGCAAUGUCCUGAAAAAUGCGGUAUACAAUGCAAACCGUACUUCAAUGUCGAGUUAUUCAUGUUUCUCUUAAAUAGUUGACAAAUAUACUACACGUGCAUUCAAAGACCCAAUGCUAUAAUUA